AGUGAUGUACACUUUUUGGUACUUGAAAUUAAUGAAAUCUCUUUGAUUCCACCUUGAAAAUAUCAAAAGUGUUCAUUCCAUUAUGUUUUCAACCUGCAAAAUUGCAAUGGGUUCGUAACCCGUGUGUGACGUUUAAUUUUAUUUAUUUAUAUGGAAUAUAAAUUGUACAUUUGUAUAGUGUUAAUAAGUAUAACAAUUGUGUUUAUUUUUACCAAUAUUUUAAAUAUUGUUCAUGAUUAAGAAAUAAUGUCCUUCGAUUACUUGCCUGUGGCUGAAGACGAAAACGAAGAACCCAUAGAAUUACCUAUCGAAGAAGAUGGAACGUUAAUGUUAACAACGGUGUCUGCGCAAUUUCCUGGGUGUUGUGGCCUAAAGUAUCGACAUCCUGAAACGAAAACUAUCAGAGGUAUCCGAUUAAGAGAUGGUAGAUUAUAUCCUCCUCCCGAAGGAUGGGGCAAUCAUCUUUACAUUUGCAGUUUUCCUAAAGAAAAUAAACGUAAAUCUGGCGAAAACUCUGAAACAUCUUCGAUAAAAAACAAGAGAAACGAUAAUCUAUGUUCAGAUUUAAUCGUGUUGGGCUUACCAUGGAAAGCAACAGAACAAACUGUACGAGAGUAUUUCGAAAAGUUUGGCGAAGUAUUAAUGGCGCAAUUAAAAAGGGAUCCAAAAACUGGAAUGUCUAAAGGGUUUGCUUUCAUUAGAUUUGCGUCAUAUUCAUCACAGAUGAGAGUAUUGGCACAGAGACACAUGAUAGAUGGCCGAUGGUGUGAUGUUCGAAUACCUAACUCCAAAGAAGGAUCAGUCACUUCCAUGCCAUGUAAAGUGUUUGUGGGUCGCUGUACAGAAGAAUUGACAGCUAAUGAUUUACGGGAAUACUUUUCUCAAUUUGGCGAAGUGACAGAUGUCUUUAUUCCAAAACCUUUUAGAGCUUUUAGUUUUAUAACGUUCUUGGAUCCAGAAGUAGCACAAAGUCUAUGUGGUCAAGAUCACAUAAUUAAAGGUGUAUCAGUGAAUGUAUCCAAUGCGUCACCUAAGCAAAAUAAGAGUGGUGCAAACCAAAGGAAUUUACCAAGCAGAAACUAUGAAGAGGGGCAUCCACACAAUACUUCAAACAAUAAUUCAUGGAGUAGCCGUAAUAUGGAUAUGGUCAACAUGCAAGCACUAGGUAUGUCUGGUCAGCAUGGCCAAACUGCAGUAGCUGCUGGUGGAGGACAGGCACAGGGUGGUAGUAUGCCGCUAGGCAUGGGAGGAUUGCCUGUCAACCAAGCUCUUGUAGCAGCACUCAAUCAAGCAGCUGGUUGGGGGCUAAUCAACAAUAUGCCAUCUGGGGGCUCUGAUCAGGGGCCUUUUGCGGGUCCCACAUCUUCUGCUCCUCCAGGGCCACCCAACAUUCUUUCAUGGAUGCAACAAGGUAACUCGGCACAGGGACCUUCUAGUCAGUGGGGACAAAGACACCAGUCCCAAGGCCACUCUGUUUGAUCCAAUAUCUGAUUCAACAAGCUCAUGAUAAUCACUGUGAUUGUAGCAACAAUUAGAUAAAUUAUCAUUAUGUUUUAUCUGCAACAAUAUGAAUGGGAUGUUUUGUCAAUAAGAGUGGUAUAUCUAUGUUUGCUACAGAUGUUAUUAAUUUAUUAUGGAAUUGCUUUUGUGUUUUGUUGAUUUUCUUGAAACCUAUAUUAUUAUUAUUAUGAUAAAGUGUAUACAUAUAAAAUGUGGAACAUAUAUGUUUCAAAUCAUAGAUACAUGUCCUAUUAAUAGGAAAAUAAUAAAAAAGUAAUAAUAGAUAUUGUUGUGCUUUUGUUUACACAAAAUUUUGAAAAAUAAUUUUUAAAUUAUUUAUUCACAAUAUAAAACAUCACAAACUUCUAUGCUUUUAUUGGAUUACUAAAUUUUCUGAUGUAAUAUUAAAAAGUGCCCAAAAACUUACUCAUACACAUAAUUACAUAACAAAUAUAUACUUAUGUAAAAGUACAUUUAACACUUUAAAAGUACUGAGAAACAUGUCCAGGUAACAGGUUAAAUUGAAUUGAGGACUUGGUUUAGGAUGAUAGUGGGUGAUGUUAUUAUUUUCUUCAUAAAAUAAAUCAUAGUUGAUCCAUUCAUUGCUGCAUUAUGCAUAUAAAUUUGUAGAGUAUAAAAAUAAUUGUUGCUGAUUACUACUCAAUUAAUUGAGGGGAGAGGGACUAUAUUGUGUAUUAUGUACUUAUGUAAAAUAAAACAAUAUUAUUGUAUAUAAUCAGUCUUUUAUCUGUAGGUACAAAAUGAAAUCAAGCUGCAUUGUCAAAGCCUAUUCAGUCACAGCCUUAUAAAUAAAGACCAAUUUAUUAGGUGGGAUGAGAUCCCAUUAACUAUUAUUGUACACAAUGAAUGGAUUAAGUAUCCAAGUAAAUAUUAAUAGUUUUAAUGACAAUAUGUCAAAUAUUUUGUUUAUAUAAUAAUUUUUAGAGUCAGUCUGAAAUAUUUUCAAAUCACAUUUUUUAUUUAUUACGUACAUAUUUAUCAGCAUCAGAAGCUUUUUUUUAAAUAACAAUUGCAAUAUUUUUAACUAAAUACACAAUGUAAAUAUCUUUAUGUUCUAAAUAUUUGCAAGUAAAUAAUGAAGGGAUUCAUAGAUAUAAUACAUUUUGGUUUAGAUUUGCCAUAAUACUAUUUAUUUUAAAACAACUACAUCUAAUGAAUUUAGAUGAAUUAUAAUUUGUACAUUAAUGGGUAUAUGUUUCUUACAACAGGCUGUUAAAAGUUCAUACCUGUAUUGUAAAAAUAGAAAUCUAUUGUAUUGUUAUGAUUGUUUAUCAAAUAAUGUUGUUUAUUAUAAAUUUAUUGUGUGUUUCCUCUGGUGGAUGUGGACAUGAAAUUGAAGACAGAUGUCUAUUUUUGUCAAUAUAAUGAUUAGAAUAUAUUUGUGAGUAAGCAUUGUGGGAUUGUUUAUUGAAUGGAUAGGUAGACAUAAAUUAUACACAGUAGGUACUUGACAUGUACACAAUAGCCACUGUAUAUUUUAGAACAAUUUGAAAGUGUGGGUUUAAACAAAUUCAAGACUGAACAAUGUUCAAAGAAAGAAUUAUUAAAACAGUAGUAAUUAUAAUUAUUAGGUCACCAAUAUUAUGUUUAAUGCAGUGAAAUAACUAUUGUAAAUGUAACUGAAUAACACAUUUAAAAACAAAACUUGGCUUAAUAUUUUUAUUCUUUUCAAUUCCUAAAUUUAAAAAUAAAUCCAUUUCAGUAAAUUUAUAUUUAUUAAUUAGAUUUUAUAUAAUAAGCACUUGUACCUUAAAAUUGUUGAACAUAUAUUUUGAAAAUCACCAUCCUCAGACCAAUAACAAAUUUGUUAAUGAUUACCAACUUCAUUUGCUUGCAUCAUUCAGUUAAUGAACAUUUUGAUUACUUAAAAUUUAAUAAGAUUAAAAUAAGUAAACAAUAGAUUCAGUAUGAAUCCUGGGAUCUGGGCCUGAGACAUUGUAAGGCAGUAGCCUAAUAAUUAUAGUAACUUCACUGUUCUGAAAAUUUUCAGUGACUACAUACCUAUUAGUCUUUAGUGAAAACCAUAUUCGGUAAUUCUGCUAAGCGACUAGUACCUAGUUAUACGUUAUUGUGGUGUUACUAUAACUACAAGUACAACAUACAGAAAAUGUCAUUAGUUUUGAUAUAAUAGAUAGAUACGAAAUAUAUAUAUCACAUAUAUUUAUUUCUCUUACAUUGUAUUUUGUGUAUGAGGUGAAACGGAAAUGAUAUAACCAUAUGAAAUCCGGGGAUAAUUUUAGAUAAUUCGUGAAUGCUUACUCUAAGCAGUAAACAUAAUAUGAAAAUAAUUAUUGGCUUAUCCUUUCGUUCAUACAAAUUGUGUGGACAUGUGAUCGGGUGUAGCAGGUUUAAACAUUAUUUUAUACAAAGUUUAAUGUAUAGACAAGCUGUAUAUAGGUGUAAUAAAUAUAUUUCAACCUAUAAUAUGUUAUACGUUCGUGAACAUACCUUAUACCGUUUCCGUUACACCCUGUAUAUUUAAUUUAUUAGGAACUUUAAUUUUUGUUGGACUAGGUACCAAGAGCUUAAAUUAUACUUAUAAAAGUAUGGAAUUGCAAUUAAUUUUCUUUUACGUGGAUGUUUUUGCUUGAUUUGUUUGUUAUAAUAACUUAUACAAUUUGGCCAUUUGUUGUUUGGUUCUAAUUUAUAUGCAUGUUGGUAUAAUGUAUAAAUUUUGCGUGACUUGUGUAGUAACUAUUGAAAAAUUAAUUUUGUUAAAUUUUAACAUAAUAAGUCAAUUUGUGUCGCCAAUAUAUUAAUUGAUGUAUACUAUGAUGUCCAUUCGUAUGCAAAAAUAAACUAGGUAGGUAUGGGUAGGUACCUACUUAUUAUAGUAAAUAAAACAAAAAAAAUGAAAAUUUAAGUUCUCAACUAAAUGCAAGAGAAUGACAAAACGAUUUAGAUAGUAGGAUGCACCAAGAUCAAUACCAGUUUCACAAAGUUCUAAAAUAUUUACCUAGUUGAGUAUUGGAGUCAUAUUAUAUGAACAUAAAAUCAAAUUAUUAUAGUAGCAUUGGGUAUAAUUAUGAAAUUAAAAUACUGUUUUAUUCGAAGUAGGUAUUAGACGCGUAUAAGUUAUAAAUGACAAGUACUCGUAAUGGAAGCAAAUAAUUAUACGUAUUAUUAUUUUAAAUGUGAAAUACACAAGUAAUAUAAAAUAUGCACCAACUUAGCUAUCAUAAUAUUAAUUUAAAAAAAUAGUGCAUAGUCCAAAUUGUUGUUUAUCGGUUCAAUCAUAUUUCAACUGCCAAGUCUCAUCUACAUAAAUAGGCCUAAAGUUCUAUAAAAAAAACUGCCAUUCUAUAAGAUCAAAUCUAGGAACAAAAUUUUAAUAAUAGGUACAAUUCUGUAGAAGCCUAUCAGAUUAACAAUGAUUUCCCGUAAUAAUAGUAUUUACAUAUUAAUAUUACAAUUUAAUAACAGUUUCUAAUUAAAUAAUUUUAUUUGUAACGACAUUUAUUUUUAUAUUUUAUUACAAAAAUAAAAACUACAGUAAAUAAUUUAAGUAAACUGACAGAAAAAGCUGUCUUUCAUUAUUUAGUACUUACAUUUAUCGCGAUUGUGGAGAUUUUUUUAUAAAGUAUCUGGCAGGUCAUUUGACUUUUCAUUAAUGUAUUGUCUUAAAAUAGGUAUGUACCUACCUUGCAACAUAAUAAAUAUUACAUUACCAAUUUAUAAUUACGUGUCUAUUAAUAGACAUUGACUUCAAUGCUGUUUGAUUUCUAUUUUAUAGUUUAAAAUAAAUUUUUAGUGCUGAGGAAUGGGCGCACAAGAGGGGUAUCUUGGGCGUCACAGUAUAUUUUGUAGAGGGUCACAGUGAAAAAUAAUAUUCUUAAGAGCCAAAAUAUAUAUAAAACAUGUAGAUACAAGACGAGACAACCAUUUGAAUAGAAACAAAAAAGAUAUAAUAUCAACAUUCUUAAAUUUAGCCAGACGUUAUGCCCACAAAGAAGUUUCAAUAUAUUUGUGUUUAAAAUUUGAUAAAUUUCAAAGGUACACAGUACACAAAGGACACUUUGUCACAUUUUAUUUAAAAUAUAUCACUACGAAGCUAUCUAUUGAUUUGAUACCUGUAGUUUAUAUGUUUUUGUUCAUUAAAAAACUAUAAAGUUAAAAAAAAUUAUAGGUACAAGCAUUGCUCUGAAAUUCACUGGACAAAUACAUUUAUUUAGUCAUUAUUGAAUUCCAAUAAUUAGAUCAUGACAGACAUCGAUCUGGAAUUGCGCACUUCCAUAAAAAAUAGAAAUAACUUGAAGUCCUAGUAUAAUGGCUGUUUCAUUAAAUUAGUGUCAUGCUAUAAAAUAAACAAUUUUAACUAUUAACUAUGAUUAUAAUCUCAGCAUUCCCAAGUGUAAGGACACACGUCUCCUGAAACCACUCUACUGACACGCCAUUUAAUAAAAUCUUAUACCUGACAAUAUAGUUUGAAUUUCUAUAUUAGGUAUAGGAUUACUUUUUAAAUUGCCAAUUUCUAAAGUAAAACCAAGAUGUCUCGUGGAGUUAUGUGCCCACCGCCAUCUUCCCUGCGCUUUUCCAUAGCAACAUUUAAUUGAUCUAUUCGUAUUUUACCUAUUUAUUUUGUCUUUUACAGUUUUUUUUUUUUUUUUAUGUUUAAAAUUGACAAAACGCAAUCAUGAAUAAGAGCAGCACUUGUUGUUUUUAUAAAUUUAAUUCAAUGAUAUGUUGACCCGAUUACAUACCUACUUAGCAAUAUAAACUUUAAUUGUUUGAACAUAGCGGUUAUAUUUAAAGCGUUGGUACCUAAGAAAAUAGUGAGAACCCAAGCAAGCGUCUAAGUAAUUUACUAAAAAUAAUUUAAAAAAUCUAUAGAAUUUUAUGCGUAUGCGUGUGAAUUUGUUCUGAUAAGCAGCGAUUAGGAAAAAUUCAUAGUCUUGAACAUUAAAAACGCGAAGUAGAGUGAGCCAAAAAUUUUUAAUAUAUUUAAACCAUUAUUUAUUUUUCUAUUAUAAUAACCUGAGGUUACCUACACAUAUAAAGGACUUUUUUGUCGUCAUUUAUUACAAACGGUUUAAUUUUUAAAUUGUAGGAGGUGGGUUGAUAAAGAAUGUAAUAUCAUUCUUAUCUUUUUUUAAUCAUUAAAAGAAUACCUACCUAUAUAUAAAAGUGUGUCCACAAAAGGUUUUUUAUGAUAUAAUACACGUAACAAAACGGCAUAUUAGACAAUAAAAUCAAGGAAUCAGUGUGAAUUGCCCGUUUACCUUAAAGAUUAAAAUAAAAUACGUUAUGCCAUGAUUUGUAACAUUUAGCUCAAUGCUGGUUUUUAUUAAUCUUCACUGAAUACCAAAACUGGUUAAUAUUGUGCAGUAAUACGAAAAGUACAAAUACGCAUGCAACAUAAUUGCUAGAUAACCACCUUGAUUAGUAUCUGAACGAUUAUUUAAGGUGCUCUACGUCAUUACUCUUAAAAAGAGUGGUGAAAUGAAUGUAAGAGAUGAGUGUAAAGAAAAGAAUUCUUCGUAAACUAGAGAUAAUUAUUGUCGGAGUCUAUUUAAUGUCUGUGUGCAUUGGUGUGGUGGUUAGUCGUGUAUUUGAUGUUUGGCAUAAUUUAUUGUACAUACCACAUAGUAGCAAUGAUCGAUAAAAUGUGGCGUGAAUUUAAAUCCUCCAUAAGAACUUCUUUGGUAGAUUUUUCGUAUGUUUAAGGUGUCUAUAAUAUAAUCUAUUAUUUUGAUGUAUACAUGGAUAUCAACAUUAGAAUAUAUCUACAUAAACAUAUAUACAUACAUAUAUGGCUAUUUUUACAUGAGUAAAAGCAGAUUAAUCCGAUGUAGUUAACGAGUAACGUAUAUACCUACAUUUUAUUGUUUCCACUGGAUGUUCUCCGAGAGUAUGUUCAUAAAGUCAUUAUUAUAUUUUAAAAUUGCUAUUAUAGGAUACCUGUCCAAAAUAUUAAUAUAUACCUACUAUUAUUUAACUUCCCCCUAACUAAAUCAUGUUUAAAAUUAUAUAUAUGUGCUUUAUUUACACUACCUUUAAUCAUUCCGAAUUGUUCAUCAAUAGCCUGUAUAAAUCAAUAUUAAUUUUAUUCCACCAGAUAAAAAAAAAUACAAAGCGUUCGAAUAAUUUAUAUUUAAAAUAAAAAUAUGUACCCAAAUAACACAGUUUUAAUAAGUGUGUAAUAAUAUUAAUAAUCUAACUCCGGUGUAUUUAAAUUCUUAUGCAUGAACUUCAACAAAGUAUAACAAUCUUAUGAAUCUGUUUAUCCAAUGAUACAUGAUACAUUGUCUAAUGGUACCUAAUGUCUGGUAUGGUGUUUCAGGAAAACAAUAGUUCAGUCUCGAUAAUUACUUAAUAUGUUUCCUUUAAAGGAUUAUAUUAAUAUAUUUGAGUUCAGUUUUCAGGAAGGAACUUUUAUAAGUAGGUACCUUAUCCGUCCGUUUAAUUUGUAACUAACUGACCCGACAGACAUCCUGUCCUAACGUCAAUGCGAACUCUUGUUGGAUACGAGUAUAUCACUUUAAAGCAUUAAAUAUGAACGCAUGCUUACUUCUUUCUGCACUUUAACUUUAUAAUGUCAUGACAAAUACAUAAACAAUUAUAACAUAAACGAAGGUACAAGUGGUGUUCCAAGUGAUGUGCUUACCAACUAAAUAUACUUAGUGUGUGUUAUACCUGGUUAUACAAAGACUUCGUUACGAUCUUAUUCUUGUAAAUUAACUACGCCUCUAGCGGAUAGUUUUGGAAACUCAGAUUUCCAUACAAACUUGUCAAUGUGAAUGUGAUCACUCUGUUGUAUUCAUUUCAUUUUUAUUUACUUAGAUUUAUAAUUAAAUCUUCGGUAAAUAGAGUUGGAUUAAUACUUAAAUCAUUAGUUUUAAAAAAACUGUCAUUAUUAAAGGAAUAUGGUUGUUGCUGAGAUCUAUGUAAAAAAAUAUUUUAAUUUUAUUUAUUCAAAUCUAUAGAGAAAGCGAAAGAUAAUGGCUAUGCAAUCCUAACUCUAUCGCCUUGUACAAAUCGAACUGCCACGAUCAAUAGUAACCGUAGUACGUACCUAGGCAUGAGAAAACUAUAAGUGUAGUUUACUGGAAUGCAUUCUAAUUCCAAGUUGGGAUUGCAUAGUCAAUCGUUGUGAUUCUUAUGUAAUAUGAUUAUUACUUUUCCCACAAGAUAAUUGUCUGUCUAUUACAUAUUUUAAUACUUGAAAAAAAAAUGUAUUUAGAUUUGUCAAAUUGUAAUUAUCCGCAGUACCUACCUAUCCAGAAGGAGCAAAAUAGGCUUUCAGAACCUACUUUUGUUGGUAUCUAAUUCUAAUGUUUGAUAAUUAGCCAUGACGCCAAUAUAGCACUGUUUCACCCUAAAUGACUAAAUACAAUUAAAUACCUACUCGUUUUACUACAAACGAUCUUUUUGCACUUGGUGAAUAUGCACACCUCGUUAUUUGUUGCUCCGUGAUGUUAAAAUUACUAAAUAUCUAUGUGCUAGGCAGAUUUUACAUGUAAUAAAUGAUUGUACAUUAUUUGAGUGUGAAUAAUGAAUACUUAUUGACAUGAAUUCAUGAAAUAAAAUUUAUUUAGCGUUGCAA